CAGAUUGAUACUCACAAACCCGGACGUAACCAACGCCUAGUUGCCGGAGAGGAACGAUGCAGACCAUAAAGUGUGUGGUGGUUGGAGAUGGAGCUGUUGGAAAGACCUGCCUCCUCAUCUCAUACACAACCAACAAAUUCCCCUCUGAAUAUGUUCCCACGGUGUUUGAUAAUUAUGCCGUCACAGUCAUGAUUGGAGGGGAACCGUAUACAUUGGGACUUUUUGACACAGCAGGUCAGGAAGACUAUGACAGACUUCGGCCUCUCAGCUAUCCUCAGACAGACGUCUUCCUUGUUUGCUUCUCUGUCGUUUCUCCUUCCUCCUUUGAGAAUGUGAAAGAGAAGUGGGUACCAGAGAUCUCUCACCACUGUCAACGUACUCCAUUUCUGUUGGUGGGCACUCAAGUUGACUUGAGGGAUGACAGUAACACUGUGGAAAAACUUGCCAAAAACAAGCAGCGCCCCAUAUCGCCCGAGAGUGGCGAGAAGCUAGCCAGAGACCUCAGAGCUGUCAAAUAUGUGGAGUGCUCCGCCCUCACACAGAGAGGGCUGAAGAAUGUAUUUGAUGAGGCUAUACUUGCAGCUCUUGAACCGCCAGAGACCAAACCCAAGAAGCGCUGCAUCCUCUUGUAGGAACACAAGCAGUGAGUGAUGCACUCACUCCAACAAGAGAGGCGGAGGAAUAGAAAUUUUCUGGUGGGGUUUUAAAAGGGGUAGGGCUUGGCUUUGGAAUGGACAAAGUUUUAUAAUUGGGAUAUGUCAUGGGAACAAAACGGCAGAAAAAAAAACUUGUCAAACUCGAGGAUUUCAGCAAAUAAAUUGUAUUGCAAACAAAUAAAUGCACACCGUGCCUUUUGUAAAUGUUUCUAGAACAACAGAAGAAAUUUGAGAACCCUGAAACCAACAAUUGCCCUAAAAACAAAGAAUAGAAAUAGAAAAUCUACAUGUGCACUUUACGCAUGUGAUGUCUUGCAGAACAACAUUUGAAUCUACUUUAAUGCUUAAGAUGUAUUUUGCACAACAGGUUCAUGUUAUGUAUUAAAAAAAUACAAGUGUUGCAAUGGCCCACAUACAUGACAAUACAUUUUUAAAUGCUUCAGUUUUCUGGUCACCAUAAAUAAAAUUAAUGAUUUGAAAUGCUUUUGUUUCUGAAUAUUGGACAACACUUUGGAUUUGUCCCUGACACAUGCUUUUCUCUGAGGCUCAUGUCUGUAAAUAGCACUUUUCAUAAAGUGUCAAGCAGAACGUUCUGGCGGCUCUGAUUAACGCUUCUGCGGGGCUCAGCUAUUUGUUCUUUAACUGGUGGGACAGUGUGUGUGCAGUAAGCUGUUUUCAGCUUUCUUGGAUCUUUUAUGUACAGCAUUUAUCCAUUGUCAAACCUUAGCAGGCAUAAAGACCAUUUUCCCAAAAUGUAUGUUGUGUUAUGUGGCACAAAAGCAAGGUGAUGUGAUUGGUUUAGGUGUUCAUUUAGCUCUAAUCACUGACAAUGGCAUUGAAACAGUAAUAUACAAAAAGAAAAAAAUUACAAUUUUAGAUAUUUUUAACAAUGGUUUGAAAACAGUUUAUAAUAAUGUUGGAACCUUCAAUGUACCAGAGUGUUAUGAUCAUAGAAACCAGUAUCUCUGUGGCCAUAUCCCCUCCUGAGUGACCUGUUAGAAUUGUAAGAGAGUUUGGAACCUUAUGUGGGAGCCAAUUGAAUCUUCACCUAAAAGCAUUUAUUUAUUUCUGUAUGAGCCAAACUGUUCUCUUCUUUGGUUCAUGCUCCUAGAAUCUCUCUUUAAGUGCGUUUUACUCUUGAGCCAUGCAGUGCCUUCUGCUGGCCAUUUUAAAAAAAAACUGAUUUUAUAUAAAAACAUUUCUCCCUUUUUGUGUUGACUUCGGGUAUGACGUAUUACUGUUUUUCAUUUGGGUGAAUGAAUUUAGUGGUGACACAUUUUGAAACUUGAGUUUUUUUUUUUUUGUUAUUUUAAUUUUUUGCUAGAGUACCAUUUGAUUGUGUUUUAUUAAUAAAAUAACAAUUUGAAAUGUAAUAUUUUGAAUAACCAAUUUUAACAUUUGUGUGAGAAGAAAGGAGGAUUACUGAUGAUGGUCGGCUAUGUGGCCUUUUCUUAGUCAAGUUCUACGGUGUUUGGAAUCUCACUAUAUUUGUAAUAAAAGUUGUGUGACUGACACACAAA